AUGAAGUUCUUUGUGCUAUUCGUCGUGGUGAUCUUUGCUCUUUUGGCCUCCGUUCAGGCUAGACCAAACCCGCAUGGCGGUGGCGGCGGCGGUGGCAGUUUCGGUGGCGGUGGCUCUGCAUCUGCCACUGCCAAUGCCAGUGCCAAUGCUAAAGGUAAUGGCGGUAAUGCUAGUGCUGUUGCCAACGCGAACGCCAAUGCUCAAUCAGGCGGAGGUGGUGGCGGUCAUGGAGGACCUGGAGGCAAUUUCGGAGGUCCUGGAGGCAACUUCGGACACGGCCAUGGAGGACCAGGUGGCAAUCGUGGAUAA